AUGUCGAACACCGAUUUCCUCGGACGAGCGAUCGACACGGUGAAAAAGGCAAUCGAGCUCGACACGGCGGGAUCGUACGAACAGGCGUACCAACAGUACUAUGCGGCGCUGGAGCUGUUCAUGCUCGCGCUGAAAUGGGAGAAGAACCCGAAAUCCAAGGAGAUGAUCCGGGCAAAGGCGGGCGAGUACAUGGACCGGGCGGAGAAAUUAAAGGCACACAUCCAGGCCAACGACCCGAGUAAUCGCAAGAAACCCGCGGCGAUGGGCGUGAAUGGGAAGGCGGUGAACGGCGCCGGCGCCGGCAAAGGCGAGAGCGGCGACAAAGAGGACGAGGACGCCGACAGCAAAAAGCUGCGCGGCCAGCUGACGGGGGCGAUCCUGACGGACAAGCCGAACGUCAAGUGGGAGGACGUGGCCGGGCUGGACCAGGCCAAAGAGGCGUUGAAAGAGGCCGUCAUCCUGCCCAUCAAGUUCCCCCACCUGUUCCAGGGCAAACGGCAACCGUGGAAGGGCAUCUUACUGUACGGCCCGCCGGGGACGGGGAAAUCGUACCUGGCCAAGGCCGUGGCGACCGAGGCCAACAGCACUUUUUUCAGCGUCAGCUCGUCCGAUUUGGUGAGCAAGUGGAUGGGCGAGUCCGAGCGGUUGGUGAAACAGUUGUUCACCAUGGCGCGGGAAAACAAGCCCGCCAUCAUCUUCAUCGACGAGGUGGAUGCGCUGUGCGGCCCGCGUGGAGAAGGCGAAUCCGAAGCCUCACGCCGCAUCAAGACCGAACUGCUGGUCCAGAUGGACGGCGUGGGCAAGGAUUCCAAGGGCGUGUUGAUUCUAGGCGCGACAAAUAUCCCCUGGCAGCUCGACGCGGCCAUUCGUCGCCGCUUCCAGCGCAGAAUCCAUAUCUCUUUACCGGACAAGCCGGCUCGCAUGCGCAUGUUCGAACUCGCCGUCGGAGACACCAAAUGCGAACUGACCCAGGCGGACUACAAGACGCUGGCCGAUCUGAGCGAGGGCUAUUCCGGAAGUGAUAUCAGCAUCGCAGUGCAAGAUGCGCUGAUGCAGCCUGUGAGGAAGAUUCAAACCGCCACACAUUAUAAGAAGGUCACCGUUGACGGAGAAGAAAAACUCACGCCCUGCUCCCCCGGCGACGCCGGCGCCAUGGAAAUGACCUGGAUGGACAUCGACUCCGAGAAGCUCCUCGAACCGCCCUUGCAGGUCAAAGAUUUCAUCCGAGCCAUCAAGGCCUCAAGGCCCACCGUGUCGGGGGAAGACCUCAAAAGAAACGCCGAGUGGACGGCAGAAUUCGGCAGCGAGGGUGCUUGA